AUGGACAACCCCAAUAUCAUUGUCACGCUAUACCCCAUUGUUGACACGCCCACGGAUGCUACGAUGAUAACGCUUCGACUACACGACGAUACGAGUCAGUAUGACUGGUCCCAGACGCCCGAGCCUGACGAAGAUGACGCUAGGAAUCGGUCUCCAGAGGCGGCGUACCCCGGGCUCCAGCUGAGAUAUGAUCAUCGUCGGAAACUGCGGUCUGGCUUCGCCUUGGGAACCUCCGAGGGCUGUAACAUCCGCCUGCCCAAAGCCCGCGAUGUGAAGGGCAUCAGUGGGUUUCAGUGUAUCAUCUGCUUCGAUGCGCACGACCGUCUCGUACUGAAGGAUGUGCGCGAUGUCGACCCGGGCACAGGCAAGCGGGUGGACGGCACUGCCAUUCUUAGCGGCGCCGACUUCGCCGAUCGCUCCGAUGGCCGCCAGCAAAUUCUAAUCUACCUGCACGACAACCUCUGCUUCCGGGCCGUCGUCCCGCCUCGUAAUCAUCACCCCGAGGAUUAUCGCACCAGAGUAGCACAGUUCCGACAGGGCGCCACGGUCGACCCGCACGAACUUCCACUGACGGGGCUCGGCCUGGAUGGCGGUGAAUCAACAGCCGGCGUCGACACAGGCAUGCAAACACCGAGCGAAGGCGCCAUCUGGCUGAAGCGUAAGACGCUUGGUCAGGGCGCCUUUGCCGUUGUGACGCGCGUUUCCAACGUGAGCACCGGUGUUGACUAUGCCCGCAAGCAGCCAGUGGACGGUGCGUACUGCGACCUCGAGAGGUGGAGGCAAGAGGCCCGGCUGUUGCGCAGAAUCUCGCACGAGCACAUCGUGCGCUUGGUCGCUGACGACUUCUCGUCAUCUUUGCCCACCCUGGACCUCGAAUAUAUGCAGGGCAGGACCUUGCACUGGCAGAGCAGAGUGUUACAGUUCUCACCCGCCGAGGUCCUCAUGAUCCUGGACCAAGGUCUUGCGGCACUGGCGUAUCUUCACGAACUUGACCCGCCCAUCAUUCACCGCGAUAUUAAACCGGCUAAUAUCCUGGUUCAACAUCGCACUGCCGACCAUAUCCACAUCAAGCUUACUGACUUCGGUCACUCCAAAGACGGCCACGAGCUGCGGACGCGGUGCGGAACUGAACUCUACCUCGCAUCAGAGAUUCAGGCCAACGCGGCUACCCGACAUCGUGCUAAGAGAGACCCUUACACGAGUGCUGUCGAUAUAUGGUCCCUCGGGGUCAUGGUGUACAAAUUUGGCUUUGGUCUUCCGGAUCUCGACUUAGCUGAAGGUCCUGGGUGGUGUCAGGCCAUCGUCGAAAAGCUGCACAUGGAGGACGAAUCGGCCUUGGCCGACUUCUAG